AUGUCGGGUGACGUGCAGAUCGGCAUCCAGGCAGAAAAGCAACAGGACCACGAGAAAAAACUAAUACCCACUGAGGUAUCCUGGGCGGACUUGACAAGCCUGGUCAAGCAGGUCCUCGCUACGGAUCAUCUAUACCAAAAAAUCGAUACGCGAUUCAUCUACGGUGAGCUCCGUCUCAGUCGGCUGAACAAGAUAUACAGAUUCACCCGAUCAUCGUUCCUGCAUGGUUACAUGUCGCAGUGGAAUCGAUACGGCGACUUCUUUCAAGACAAUCUUGCCUGGCUGGCCGCUGCUACGGUCUAUAUCGCCCUCGUUCUGACAGCCAUGCAAGUUGGCUUGGCGACUGACGCCCUCGCUGAAAAUAAGGCCUUUCAGUCAGCGUCAUAUGAAUUUGCAGCCCUCUCCAUUCUUGGCCCCCUCAUCGCCAUUAGCCUUAUCAUAUUUACGUUCUGCUACAUGUUUAUCAACAACUGGAUCAGUACAUUGGCGUACCAAAAGAAAAUAUUUAAUGCUAUCCAACCAGCGCAGCGAGUAUAA